CCCGGCACAGGUUCAUCCCUCUCCUCAUCCCGCCCACUCCUCGCUCGGGGCCAGCACCUCCGCUCCUCUAUUCCCGCCGCAGCAUCCAUCCAUCCAUCCAUCCAUCCCAAUCCCAAUCCCAACCCCAAAAACCCAGCCGGGCCAUGUCUCGCCAGUCCACCGUGCGGAUCCAGCGGGGCCGGAGCGGCUUCAGCGCCGCCUCGGCCGCGGUGCCCGGCACGUGCCGGACCAGCUUCAGCUCCUGCUCCGUCACCCGCCUGGGGGGCUGCGGCGCCGGCAGCGGCUUCGCCAGGGUCGGGGGGGGCUUCGGCAGCAAGAGCCUCUACAACGUCGGCGGCUGCAAGAAGAUCUCCGUGGCUGGGAGGGGUGGGAGCUUCUACGGAGCCGGGAGCGCCUACGGGGGCGGCUUCGCCAACCUCGGCUACGGGUACCCCGCCUUCCCGGCGGGGGGGAUCCACGAAGUCUCCGUCAACCAGAGCCUCCUGAAGCCCCUCAACCUGGAGAUCGACCCCAACAUCCAAAGGAUCCGGAAGGAGGAGAAGGAGCAGAUCAAAACCCUCAACAACAAAUUCGCCUCCUUCAUCGACAAGGUGCGGUUCCUGGAGCAGCAGAACAAGGUGCUGGAGACCAAGUGGAGCCUCCUGCAGGAGCAGGGCAUGAAAACCGUGAGGAACAACCUGGAGCCGCUUUUCGAGACCUACAUCAACAACCUGAGGGUGCAGCUCAACAGCCUCCUGAGCGACAAGGGGCGGCUGGAGGGGGAGCUGCUCAACACCCAGUACCUGGUGGAGGACUUCAAGAAGAAGUACGAGGAUGAGAUCAACAGGAGGACCAUCGCCGAGAACGAGUUCGUGACGCUCAAGAAGGAUGUGGAUGGUUCCUACAUGAACAAGGUGGAACUACAAGCCAAGGCAGACGCUCUGACCGAAGAGAUUAAUUUCCUGAGAACCCUCUACGAGGCCGAGCUGUCCCAGAUGCAGACCCAGAUCUCCGACACCUCGGUGGUGCUGACCAUGGACAACAACCGGAACCUGGACCUGGACAGCAUCAUCUCCGAGGUGAAGGCGCAGUACGAGGACAUCGCCAACCGCAGCCGCGCCGAGGCCGAGUCCUGGUACCAGACCAAGUACGAGGAGCUGCAGGCCACGGCCGGCAGGCACGGGGACGACCUCAGGAACACCAAGCAGGAGAUCUCCGAGCUCAACCGGCACGUGCAGCGGCUGCGCUCCGAGAUCGACAGCGUCAAGAAGCAG